AUGGCUACAAGCACCACAAAGACCGGCCAGCCUCUUGAUCGUGCCGCCAUCGACUCGGUACUACGGAGGAGACUCUUCUACACCCCCUCCUUUGAAAUCUAUGGCGGAGAACGUGGUCUGUUCGACUAUGGGCCCCCAGGAUGUGCUCUCCAAGCCAACAUUGUCGACCUGUGGAGGAAACAUUUCGUCCUCGAGGAAGACAUGCUCGAAGUCGACUGCACCAUGUUGACCCCCGAAGCUGUUCUCAAAACCAGUGGACACGUGGACAAGUUUGCCGACUGGAUGUGCAAAGAUCCCAAGAGUGGAGAGAUUUUCCGAGCAGACCAUCUCGUGGAGCAAGUUCUCGAAGCCAGGCUGAAGGCUGACAAGGACGCUCGCGGCGUCAAAGUCGAGGUCGAUGAAGCCAAAGAGGCCAAGAAAAAGAAGAAGAUAUCCCAAAAGGCGGAAAAACUCGACGACGCGCUCGUCCAAGAAUACGAGGAAACUUUGGCCAAGAUUGACAACUACGGAGGCGACGAGCUCGGUGAGCUGAUCAAGAAAUACAACAUCAAAGGCCCGACCAGCGGUGCCGAGCUUGAUCCGCCCAAGGCUUUCAACCUCAUGUUUCAAACACAGAUCGGUCCCUCUGCCGACAAGCCCAACGGCUAUCUUCGACCAGAGACCGCCCAGGGACAGUUCUUGAACUUCCAAAAGCUUCUCGAGUUCAAUCAACAAUCCAUGCCAUUUGCGUCAGCAUCCAUUGGAAAGUCUUUUCGAAAUGAAAUCUCACCACGAUCGGGACUGUUACGGGUUCGAGAAUUCCUCAUGGCCGAAAUUGAACAUUUCGUCGACCCCGAAGGUGGAAAGAAGCACCCCAGAUUCGAGGAGGUCAAGAACACCAAACUCACCUUGCUCAACAGAAAGACGCAAUUGUCCGGGAGCACCAAAUGCGACGAGGUCACCAUUGGUGAUGCGGUCGCAUCCGGGCUCGUCGACAACGAGACUCUCGGCUACUUCAUCGCCAGAAUCCAAGACUUUUUGUUGAAGAUUGGCGUCGACAAGACCAAAUUGCGGUUCCGACAGCACAUGGCCAACGAAAUGGCCCACUACGCUGCCGACUGCUGGGACGCGGAGCUCUUCACCACGUAUGGAUGGAUCGAAUGUGUUGGUUGUGCUGAUCGGAGCGCCUAUGACUUGACCGUCCACAAGGAAAAGACCGGUGCGGCCUUGGUCGUUCGCGAAACGAGGGCCGAACCGCUCGUCGUCGAGGAGUUCCAAAUCGACCUGAAUCGAAAGAAGUUGGGACCCAAAUUCCGCGCCGAUGCCAAAGCUGUCGAAUCCGCCGUGGACGCCCUCUCUCAGGAUCUACGUGAGAAGCUUUCCUUGGAAUUGGAGAAGUCUGGAAAAAUCGAGGUGCCCACCCCAGGAGUUGGUAGUGGAACCACCGAACUCGAGAAAGACCUCAUCAAGAUCGAAAAGAGAAAGAGAACCGAGCACAUUAGAGAAUACACGCCCAACGUCAUCGAGCCGUCUUUCGGUAUCGGCCGCAUUCUCUACAGCAUGAUGGAACACGUGUUCUGGAUUCGCGAAGGCGAUGGAAGCCGCGGUGUUUUGUCCUUCCCACCCGCGGUGGCACCCACCAAGGUUCUCCUCGUCCCGCUGUCCAGCCACCCCGACUUCAAGCCUCACACCAAAAAGCUGACCCACCGCCUUCGACGGGUGGGGGUGUCGAACAAGGUGGAUGACUCGUCUGCCAGUAUCGGCAAACGAUACUCUCGAAACGACGAGCUCGGAACGCCCUUUGGCAUUACCAUUGAUUUCCAGACCGUCAAGGACAACACCGUCACGCUCCGCGACCGUGACUCCACCAAACAGGUUCGUGCGAGCGAGGAUGAAAUCAUCGACGCUGUCAAGAGUCUGGUUGAUGGCGAGGAGACUUGGGAUGACAUCGCCAAGAGACUGCCAGCCUUUGAGGGACAGGAGGUGGAAUAA